UUGGUCGGAAGAUUUUCUAUUUCGCUCCGCUUUGGUCUAGUUAGGCAAGGUUACAUGGAUGAUGAAGACGGAGAGAUAAGUGUUGGUACGAAGCGAUCAGGUGAUAAAGUCGAGGAAGUAGAUCGGCUGAGAAACUUACCAGAUUGCUUGCUUUAUGAGAUUCUCUUGAAAGUUCCCACGAAGGAUGUGGUUAAGUGUAGUGUGUUAUCCCGCCGAUGGAGAAACAUCUGGAGAUAUGUACCUGGCUUGGACUUGGAGUGUCGUGAUUUCAUGUUGAUUGAGUGUGAUGAUUCCUCCGAUUUCAACGCUUUGUUGGGUUUCGUUUAUAGGUUUCUGGGUUUCAACAGUAAGUCGUGCUUACAAAAGUUUAGGUUAACGGUUAGUUGGAAAGAUGAUGUCGAGUUUGAUAGUCAUAUCACCCAGUGGAUCAACACUGUUGUUGAGCGGAAAGUUCAACAUCUCCAUAUCCUGAACAAAAUUUUGGGGAUAUAUGAUGAUGAGGACCAUGAGGUCAUUGAGGUGAUGAUACCCCGAACAGUUUACUCGUGUGAGAGCUUGGUAUCUUUAACUCUCUGUGACUUGUACUUGCUUAAGCCCCCCGAGCUUGUGUCUUUACCUUCUCUCAAAGUUAUCGUUCUAGAUGCAGUUAUGUUUGACAACGAUUUGGUUUUCGAAAUGCUGAUCUCAGGCUCCCCUGUCCUUGAAAGCUUAACUGUAAACAACGUCAAUUUAGAAAAUCUUAAAGUGUGUUCUCCGUCUCUAUUGACCUUCACUUAUGUUGUGGAAGAGGGUUUUACGACAGUUGUAAUUGAUUCUCCUAUGCUUGAGUAUCUGAGGCUCAGUGAUCAGGGAACUGAAAGUUUCUUAAUAGAAAAUCAUGGUUCCCUUGUUAAGGCUGAUAUCGAUACUGCGUUUGGCUUCUUUAUCGAAGAUGAGUUCGAUCCAGAUGAUCUACCAAAGAGACAUAGGAUUCGUAAUUUUCUUGUCGGGAUAUCUUGUGUUAUAGAUAUGAUCAUCUCUUCGAGUACUCUUGAGGUCAUAUAUGACUACUCAAGAUGUGAAAAACUACCCUUAUUCCGUAAUAUAUCUUUCUUGCGAGUCGAAUUCACCGACGACAGGUGGGAAAUGUUGCCAAUCUUUCUUGAGAGCUUCACGAAUCUAAAAUCUCUUGUCUUGGAAUUUUGUACUUGUCCAGACGAGGAGGGAGUUGGUAUCUUACCAGGACCUCGUAGGUUUCUAACAUCUCUCGAGUAUGUUAAGAUUGUGAAGCCGGACUCAGAGGAUGAGGAGGAGGAGGCGACAGAGAUAAUAAACCUGGAACUAAUGAGUUACUUUCUAGAGAACUCAGCAAUCCUCAAGAAACUCACACUAUGCUUAGGUAACUUGAGACGUAAGGAAGAAUCUGUCAUCCUUAGGAAACUCCUUACUAUUCCAAGACUCUCUACCGCAUGCCAAGUUUUGUCCUCUGAUCCUCACAAAGUCUUUAUUCCGGUGAUGAACUGCGUACAAGGUUGUCUUUUGAGUACUAAGUUAUCGUGA